GGGUCGGGUUUGAGUCCAGAUCUCUGGGCUUUACGGGUCUUGGCUGGGUGCCUUUUCCUGUCCCGUCGCGAUCAUGUCGUUCUGCAGCUUCUUCGGAGGCGAGGUUUUCCAGAAUCACUUCGAGCCAGGUGUCUACGUGUGUGCCAAGUGCGGCUAUGAGUUGUUCUCCAGCCACUCAAAGUAUGCACACUCCUCCCCAUGGCCAGCAUUCACUGAAACCAUCCAUGCAGACAGUGUGACCAAGUGCCCCGAGAAAAACCGACCAGAAGCUUUAAAGGUGUCCUGUGGCAAGUGUGGCAAUGGGUUGGGCCACGAGUUCCUGAAUGAUGGCCCCAAGCUGGGACAAUCUCGAUUCUGAAUAUUUAGCAGCUCACUGAAGUUCAUCCCUAAAGGCAAAGAAGCUCCUGCCCCUCAGGGGCACUAGGAGAUGGACCUUGAAUGGACUGCCCUGGCCAACUGCUACAGCCUCAGUCACUGUAUGAUCUGCUCUGGUUAAAUCCUUCUAUGCCAGCCAGGGUGGUGAUGACCUGUGACCUCUGGGGAGUGGAGCAGGCAGAUGCCGGGGAUUCUUGAAUCCUUGUCUUCUGGCAGAGAAAACAAAACUCCAUUUCACAAUUUGCAGGCUCAUCUUGCCGCACUCUGGUUUCGGAAAGUGAUUGUUGCCUCAUUGGCUGGCCAGCAUGGCAGGGACUCUGUUCUCGCCACGUUGUCCAUAGUGUCCCUCUUAAGAGAAAAUUACUGUUACUUAUUGAAUGUGCUUGGAAGCUCUUGACAUCUGGGAGAGUGGGUGAUGCUGAGACCCACUCCCCCUUGCUUCCUCUCUGGAGUGAUCAAAAAGUCAAUAAACAAGAAGCCUGAGCUGGU